AAGCGGAAGGGCGAAGCAGCAGAGAGCAUCAGGGACUCUAUGGAUCUCCUCCGCCUCUUUCUGUCGCUCCUUCUCCUCUCAUCGGUGGCGAUCGCCUCCUCCGCCGGCGAUGCCGAAGAGGAUCCGAUGAUCCUGCAGGUGGUGGACUCCGCCAAGGACGAGAAGGCGCUCGGCGCGGAGGCGCACUUUGCUAGCUUCGUGAGGCGGUUCGGCAAGACGUACGCCGACGAGGACGAGCGUGCUCACCGCUUCAAGGUGUUCAAGAAGAACCUCCGUCGGGCGUCGCAGCACCAGAUGCUGGACCCCACCGCCGUCCACGGAGUCACCAAGUUCUCUGACCUAACUCCCGCUGAGUUCCGACGCGCCUACCUCGGCCUCCGCCGCCCGUCUAUGGCUUCUUCCAACGAGGCGCCUAUCCUUCCCACUAACGGCCUACCUACAGACUUCGAUUGGAGAGACAAUGGAGCUGUCACUAGCGUUAAGAAUCAGGGUUCGUGUGGAUCGUGCUGGUCCUUCAGCACUGCAGCAGCUCUGGAAGGAGCACACUUUUUGGCCACUGGAAAACUUGAAAGCCUCAGCGAGCAGCAGCUAGUUGAUUGCGAUCAUGAGUGUGAUUCAGAUGAACCAGAUGACUGCGACCAGGGAUGUAAUGGCGGUUUAAUGACCACUGCAUUUCAGUACUUACUCAAGGCUGGUGGGCUUCAGCGUGAAGAAGACUACCCUUACACUGGGACUGACCGAGGUGGUUGCAAGUUUGACAAGUCCAAAAUUGUGGCUUCAGUUCAAAACUUCAGCGUCGUCUCUGUUGACGAAGAUCAAAUUGCUGCUAACCUAGUGAAACACGGCCCUCUCGCAAUUGGCAUAAAUGCAGUGUACAUGCAAACCUACAUCGGAGGUGUAUCGUGCCCAUAUGUUUGUGGGCGGCAGUUGGACCACGGCGUGCUCCUGGUGGGCUACGGCUCGGCAGGUUAUUCCCCCAUUCGCCUUAAGAAGAAGCCUUACUGGAUAAUAAAGAAUUCAUGGGGAGAAAGCUGGGGUGAGAAUGGGUACUACAAGAUCUGCAGGGGUCACAAUGUAUGCGGUGUGGAUUCGAUGGUCUCCACAGUCACUGCAGUAAACACUCAACAAGAUCAGUGAUCAUUUGCUCUUAGUUCAUGUAUUAUAGCCUGCAUAUAUAGACUUCCAUUUGCAUGUGUUAUCUUAAACUGCUUGAGAUAGUAAGGUAAAUUUCUGGUGUAGGUUUCUAUGUGGCUAUGCCAACUCCUAAACUAUGAUGUAUUAUCAGUAUAUAUUAAUAAGUAUGCUUUGAUAAUGUCCCAAGAGGUUUAACACAA